UAGACAAAAUUCAAAAGGGUGAACAUGAGCGGGUGACAGUCAACUUUUCUCAUCAAUGUGGCGCCGGCAGUGAUUAAAUGAUAAAUUGGAUGUAUCCGUGAGCGGAGAUUUUAGUGUAGAGCACGAGUUAAAACGAUCGUUUUUCUAAGUAGAAAGAAAGAGUAAACUCAAAUAUUAUUACCUCAAAGGUUUGUGCACGUUGACGCAUUCAACGAACUUUGUUAAUCUAUUCGAAUGACGAUGACAGUGUACUGACUGUCUCACCGAUUCGGAAGCUAUGGCGAACAUCGCGGCAUUGAGAAUCCAACGCGAAUUUAAAGAGGUUAUAAGAAGCGAAGAGAUGUAAAAAAAAAUGUAAGAUUAGUUUUGUUUCAUGCAAAUUAUAGCUACAUUCACUCAUGUUGCAAAAUGUGCAAUUAAAGUUGAAUUGGUAAAUGAUAGUUUCACUGAAUUAAAAGGUGAGAUUGCGGGCCCACCAGAUACACCAUAUGAGGGAGGUAAUUUUGUGCUCGAGAUUAAAGUUCCCGAGACAUAUCCCUUCAAUCCUCCUAAAGUACGAUUCAUAACAAAAAUAUGGCAUCCUAAUAUAUCUUCAGUAACAGGUGCUAUAUGUUUAGAUAUAUUGAAAGACCAAUGGGCUGCUGCUAUGACUUUACGUACAGUAUUGUUAUCACUACAAGCUUUACUGUCUGCAGCAGAACCAGAUGAUCCACAAGAUGCAGUAGUGGCUAGGCAAUAUAAAGAACAUCCAGAAAUGUUUCGUCAAACUGCCAAACAUUGGACAUAUGUAUAUGCAGGUGGACCAGCAAAGAUGCCUGAUUUAGAUGAUAAAAUAAGGCGACUAACAGAUAUGGGAAUUGAAGAACAUAAUGCAAGAGUUGCUUUAUCUUCAUACAAUUGGGAUUUGGAACGUGCCACUGAGCAGCUCUUCAGUUAGUGAUAACUGUAUAGUUAAUCUGUCAUAUAAAAGCACUGCUCAUUUUGUCAUUACAAAACUUCUGUAACACCAUGUCCAAUUACUGAUACCAUAGCAGUUCCAUAAUCAAAUUCAGCACUUGUAACGACAAUAUUUCAAUGACAAAAAAAUUCACAGGAAAUUCAUUUUAGAAUCUUAAACAAUACUCAUUUAUUUAACGUGUAAAAUAGGCAUGAAGAAACAGUAAUUAAUAAAAUCUGUUAAGUCCAACUUGAUAGCACAUUUUUAAAAAACUGUAUGAAAAAUAUAUCAUUUUUCAUCUUACGUUUAUUAAAAGUUUAAAAAUGUUAUUUAAGUCACGAUGCAUUUACUAUCAUUUUUUUUUCAUUUUAACAGAAGAACGCAGUUUUACAUGUUAAACAUUUAUUAAAUCUCUUUGUACGAAUUAUUGUAUAUUUCUAAAUUUCUUAUUGGACGUUCCUUUCUCUUUAUGUCAUUGUCUUUCAAUAUAUCUUUUCAUUUUGUAAUGAAAAAAUAUUUGCAUAAAAUAGUACUUAGUAAAUUUUUCGUUUUGUUUUUAUAAAUCAAUAUUAUACUUUAUAUGCUUUAUUACAUUAAAAUGAAACCCAUGAUUAGUUUAUACUUUUAUCAUUAGCUUUUUGUAGAUUUCUUUAAGCCACAAAGAGGUUUAUCUUAAUUAGAUCUGAUUGUACAUUAUUGAAAUAGAUACCAACUUGUUAUCGUUAAAUGGGAUUUGUAAAAAGAAUGAUGAACAUAAAUGCUAUACUGUUGAUAUUUAAAUUCUGUACAUUUUUGGUGAAGGGUUAUGUUUCAGUGAUCUAUAAUUUACUAUCGUUUAUGAAUAUCUUUUUUAUAUACGCAUAAUGCUUUGUACUCGAAGCUGGAGAUGUACAUUCCAUGUUAAAAAAUGCAUUUACUACAUUAUUAAGCAUAAUGGUAUAGAGUAAAUUUGGUUUUCAAAAUAAGUCUAAAUUGAAAAUCAGUAAUAAAAAGAUAGAAAGUAUGGCACUGAUACUUCCAAGUAAUAUUGACACUUCCAGCUUAUGAAAUUUCAAGAAAAAUUUUAUACUAGAAAUAUUUAAUAAAAUUUAUAGUUAUAUUAUUUGUGAGAAAAUUACCGGUUUAUAAAUAAUUUAAGACACUAAUUACUUUUAAGUCCCUAAUAAGAUAGCAGGUCGUGUAGAAUAUAUUUGAAACUUGUUCAAAAAGA